AUGCAGCGUGGAGACGCGGCGGGCGACACUGCGGGGGUACAAGGCACACUGGCAGAUGGUCCUGGCUGCGAGGCGCCCCAUACAUACCGCGUCAUCACUCCUUACGACGCACGACGCAACGUCCUGGAGCGAAAGCUGACAGACGCGGGACUCCCUUGGGAGAACAAGUACUUCAACGUCGACCCAUUCCAAGGCAACGAAGAGGAAUACAUUCUCAUCUCUAUCGUUCGUUCGGACAGGCUCGGCUUCCUCGCCAACUUGCGGCGAACCGAUGCCAUGCUCUCGCGCUGCAAACGCAGCAUGGUCAUCUGCACAAGCCUGGCGUUCAUGGAGGGCAAGGCCAGAUCCUCGCUCGUGGGCCAACUCGCAAAAUAA